AUGGCUCAUAAGUUCCAUUGGGCACUACCAAUUAGUCAUUGCAAAGUCCAAGAUUGUGGAUUCUGGGAGCAUAGUGAGAAUAAGGAUCCAGGAGAACCAUCAUGGGAAUAUCCUUAUGGACCACCUAAAGUUUCUUUCACACAGGUGCGACGAAUACUCCAGAUCGAGGGUAUCCAGGGUAACGAUCGUCACGUACACCACGAGCAUCUUCCAGUCAAUCUUUGCACAGCUUGGAGUUGUCAAUGUCCGAGACACCGCAUACCAGUGAUGCAAUGGGGAACCAUAGACGACAACCACAUAUCGAUUGAUGUUGGACCAUCGCAACAAGGAAUCCAAAGUGCGAUUGGAAAUCUUGACCCCGAAGAGAAUGAAAUAAUGGAAAAUAUCUAUAAAUGCAUCAUGAAGCUCAUCUACAUGACAGAUGAUUCAACAAGAAGGGCUAUUACAUGGGUUUUGCCUAAGGACCCGUAUCGAAUUGGACUUCAGAUGAACGCAGAUCCAGACUCUGAAGAUCCGCAGAAGUUAUAUCGACAGAACCUGCAAGUAACCAAGAUAAUGUCCAACCCGGAUGGAAGUUCCGAGGAAUGGGAGUCAGGCGAAGAAACGCUUGAUGACGGUGAAAGCGAGCACCCUUACUUCUCGGGAAACGAGGAGGUCGACUAUUAA